AUGGCAGUGAGCUCGAUCAAGAACUCGAUCGAGUCGAGUUUCGAACAAACGAACUCGAUCGAGCUGGGGGCUGAGAGCAAGGAGCAAGCUCAAGGAGAUUGGUCUGAGCUUAAGGCGCCUAAAGUCGACCUCAAACCUUUGCCUGAGGGCCUCAGGUAUGCAUUUCUGGGUGAAAACUCAACUUACCCUGUCAUUGUGAACUCUGAUUUGGAACCUGAACAGUUGAGUGCUUUGCUUGUUGAAUUGAGAAAGUACAGAAAGGCAAUAGGUUACACUCUAGAUGAUAUCAAGGGGAUCUCCCCUGACCUAUGCAUCCAUAGGAUUCAUCUAGAGGAUGAAAGUAAGUCAAGCAUUGAACCUCAGAGAAGGUUGAACCCCAAUCUAAAGGAAGUAGUGAAGAAAGAGAUACUCAAGUUGCUUGAUGCUGGGAUAAUCUAUCCCAUCAGUGAUAGCACUUGGAUAUCUCCAGUUCAUUGCGUCCCAAAGAAAGGGGGGAUCACUGUCAUUAAAAACGACAAAGAGGAGCUGAUUCCCACUAGAACAAUAGUGGGGCAUCGCAUGUAUGUUAGAAAGAUUGGCAAACCACCCUUUUAUUGUUUUCUUGAUGGCUACAGUGGUUUCUUCCAAAUCCCGAUCCACCCUAAUGAUCAGGAGAAGACCACUUUCACAUGCCCUUAUGGCACCUUUGCUUAUCGAAGGAUGCCAUUUGGGCUGUGCAAUGCUCCAGCUACUUUCCAGAGGUGCAUGACCUCCAUUUUUUCAGAUCUGAUAGAGGAGAUGGUAGAAGUCUUCAUGGACGAUUUCUCAGUCUAUGGAGCAUCCUUCUCCUCAUGUUUGUCUAACUUGUGCAGGGUGUUGCAGAGGUGUGAGGAGACCAAUCUAGUACUCAACUGGGAGAAGUGCCACUUCAUGGUUCGAGAAGGGAUUGUGCUUGGACACAAGAUUUCCGAGAAAGGGAUCGAGCUCGAUCGAGCUAAGGUGGAUGUCAUGUUGCAGCUCCCUGUUCCCAAGACUGUGAAGGACAUAAGGAGUUUUCUGGAUUUUGAGUUUGAUGAAGAAUGCCACAAGUCUUGGACCUUGCUGAAGGAUGCUCUGGUGUCUGCGCCAAUAGUACAAGCUCCAAACUGGGAUCACCCAUUUGAGAUUAUGUGUGAUGCAUCUGACUAUGCAGUAGGAGCAGUGCUUGGCCAAAAGAUAGACAAGAAACUCAAUGUCAUCUACUAUGCAAGCAAGACUAUGGAUGAUGCUCAGUGCAAGUAUGCAACCACAGAGAAGGAACUCCUUGCCAUAGUCUUUGCCUUUGAGAAGUUUCGAAGCUAUAUAGUUGGAUCCAAGGUGAUUGUGCACACUGACCAUGCUGCCCUUAGACACAUCUUCGCUAAAAAAGAUACAAAGCCAAGACUUCUCAGAUGGAUCCUUUUGCUUCAAGAGUUUGAUAUAGAAGUUGUGGACAAAAAGGGAGUAGAAAAUGGAGUUGCUGAUCAUCUCUCUAGGAUGCGAGUUGAAGACAUGAUCCCCAUCAAUGAUUCAAUGAUUCUAUGCCUGAAGAACAGCUUAUGGCAAUCAUGA